GCUCCCCUGCUCGGAGAGGCCUAUAUAAGUUUGAAAUCCGAAAAGCAUCUCAACCUUCCCUACCAACUCCCACCAAUGGACUCCGAUUCUUCUUCUUCUUCUUCUUCUUCUUCUUCUUCACCUUCAUUGCCCAAAUUCCAAAGAAAACUCUCAAAGUCCAGCAAAUCCCGCCUCGCUCCCCUCCUCUCCUUCCUCUUCUUAUUCAUUGCCAACAUCCCCACCAACACAUCUCUGGUUCAAAGCCUAACCAGUACCUCGAACUCAAUACCCGAAAUAUCGUACACCCAGCACUGCAACGAAGUUGUUCCCGAGUCCACCAACAGCUUUCCCUUCUCCUACUCCACUAGCACCUCUCAGUUCCUCCUCUUCCGCACAGGAUUCUUUUCCGGUGGCGACCGGAUUUUCAACCAAACCUCUACCGAUUCCCCGAAAUCUCUCACGUUCAUACCCUUACAUUCCGAAAAUACUUCCUCCGAUGGCGUCUUCAAGGUCCAAGCCACCCUGAACCUCCGGAACCCGGCUAAGUACCCUGUUUUCAGCAACACGACGCACCGGCUAUUACGCCAGAUUCGGUUCCGAGGACCGAGACGGUUGCCUUGGCGGCCCGUAGCCCGGUUUUUGCUUGAUGGGUACUGGUCUGAAUCUUCUGGGAAACUCUGUAUGGUCGGAUCCUUCUCGACUUACGUUGAUCCAGGUAAGAGAAACCGUUUUAAUGCUGUUCUUAAGCUUAAUUAUCCGAUUAAUUCAAGCAUUUAUGGUAGUUUGAUUGGUGGGACUUUAGAAAGUUCGAGUAAUGAUAAGGAUGAUUCAAACUAUUUUGAGCCAAUUUCAAUAAUGGGGUUCAAAUACUCGAAUCAUGAAUACACGUUUAUUGAGAAAGAAAAUGGGAGUGAUUGUUUGAGUGGUUACGAUGGGGGAGAGAAUUUAUCUCGAAACAGGACGAACCGUUUUGUUUGUCCCUUUCCCCUUGGACAGACUUUUAGUUAUUCACUGGAAUACGGGCGUCAUUGUGGUAGUGGCAAUUGUAAUCCUUUUGGUGGGAGUAUCCGGUAUUUGCCUAAUUCUAUGUUUUAUCGGGGAAUUUGGUGUUGGGAGGGACGCAAGGUGCAGAUGUUGUUGAGUUUUCGUAACUCUAGUUAUACUGGUUACGAGUUUCCUUUUGAUCCUAAUACAACGUUGAUUGCUGAGGCUGAGUGGGAUGAGAAGGAGAAUAGGCUUUGUGGUGUUGCAUGCCGAAUUUUGAAUGUUACAGAAUCUUGGGCAAAUGCUUAUGUUGGAGAUUGCUCGAUCGGGUUGAGUUUGAUCUUUCCUCCAGUUGUCUCCUUAAGGAACCGAAGUACUAUCGUGGGAGAAAUUCGGAGCAGGAAACAUGGGAACGAUUCUGGUUACUUUGGCAAAAUUGGAUUUCAGAGUUCUCGGGCAAGAUCAAUUGACGUCCAAGGUCUUAAAUAUGAGUAUACUGAGAUUGAGAAUGCAAGAAAGUAUUGUGCAAAAAGGAAGAUUAGGAGCAAGGGAAAGACAUAUCCUGAUGGGUAUUCAUUGGACAUGAGGUUUGAUAUGUCUAUUAGCAACAGCACAGGAAAAGUAGCAACGGGUUAUUUGACCCCAUUAUUUGUAGGUGAUCAGCUUUAUUUGCAACAGUAUUAUGGGCACACAUUUGUGUUGCCAGCUCCAAAGGUUGCAGGGCCUGCUGCAUUCCACAUGAACUACAGCCAUAGCAGCCUGCUCAAUAUCAGCUACAAAAUGAGCUUCAUACCUCGACCCGAUUUCAAGUUCAGUGUUGAUACUUCAUCCAAAGCCAUUGAUAUUUCUGCAGAAGGAAUAUAUUCUAGAGAUACAGGUCUUCUGUGCAUGAUAGGGUGUCGGCAUCUUGGAUUGACUAAUCAAAAUUUGGUUAGAAAUGAUUCAUUAGACUGUGAAAUAAGGAUUAAUGUUCAAUUCCCUCCGUUGCAUGCCGAGCAUGGUGAAAUUGUAAAGGGAACUAUUGAAAGCAAACGAGAAAAGUUGGAUCCUCUUUACUUUGAACCCCUUCAAUUGUCCUCAAAUUCAAUAACCAAUACCCAAGCUAAAGCAUCUAUUUGGAGAAUGGACUUGGAGAUUACCAUGGUUCUGAUUUCUAAUACACUAGCAUGUGUUUUUGUGGGCCUGCAGCUCUUUUACAUGAAAAAGAACCCACAAGUGCUUCCCUUCAUUUCCAUUGUGAUGGCCAUUGUUCUUACGCUGGGGCAUAUGAUUCCUCUGCUGUUGAACUUUGAAGCCUUGUUCAUGGAUAGCCAUAACCAGACGAAUGUUUUUCUUGGGAGUGGUGGAUGGCUUGAAGUGAAUGAAGUAAUAGUAAGGGUGGUAACAAUGGUAGCUUUCCUUUUGCAGUUGCGCCUUCUCCAACUGACUUGGUCUGCAAGACAAGAUGAUGGAAGCCAAAAGGAGUUGUGGGUUUCAGAAAGAAAGGCUCUAUAUGUGGCUUUACCAAUGUAUAUAGCCGGUGGGUUGAUUGCUUGGUCUGUGCACCAAUGGAAGAAGCCUUACCAGAGACAGUUGGGGAAAUUUCUAGUACCGCAGCGCAAUGUUUACAAGCUGCAUGCUCCGUUCUGGGAGGACAUCAAAUCUUAUGCUGGUUUGCUCCUGGAUGGUUUUCUACUUCCACAAAUAUUGUUCAACUUAUUUUCUAAUUCAGGAGAAAAGGCUCUUGCCUCUUCCUUUUACAUUGGAACCACCAUUGUUCGUCUGCUGCCUCAUGCCUAUGACCUUUACAGGGCUCACAGUUCUACGUGGUACCUUGAUUCAUCAUACCUUUAUGCAAAUCAUAGGAUGGAUUUUUAUUCCACUGCAUGGGACAUCAUCAUCCCAUGUGGUGGUCUGCUAUUCACCGUGCUUGUUUACUUGCAGCAGCGAUUUGGAGGCCGUUGUAUUCUUCCCAAGAGAUUUAGAGAGACAUCUGUAUAUGAGAAAGUAUCUGUUAUUAGCAAUGACGAAUUGUGAUACAUGAUUUCUGUUUCUAUAAAUAUAGCAAUCACUUUCUUUUUCUAUUCA